AUGGCUAUACCGGCGAUUCCGAAGCUUAUGCUUCCGUUGAAAGCCAAGUACCGCGUCGCCAAUUAUAUUAAAAAGCGAAUGCGGGGGGGGAAGGGGAAGAGACAGGGGAGGGGCCAAGGUGGAGGGUGCUUUGACAUGGGUCAGCACCUCCACCUUGUGGAGCAAAGCGGAAGCUUUGCUGGGGACUUGAAGUCCCAUAUCCACUCGGGGAUCAAGGCUGUGAAGCAGAAGUUCACAGCCUUGAAGAAUCUUUACGCAAGUUUCUCCGGCCCAAAGCCCGAGGAGCCGGAAAGGGUGCCAGAGCGAGCACCAGAAACUCCCCAGUGCACCGGGCCUGGGGAGUUGACUGGUUCUGGCUCGCCUCUGAGCACCCUUCCGUCGACAAUUCUCCUCAAAAUCUUCACCUACGUCCCCCUCUCAUCUCUCCCCCGUCUUCUGGCUCUCAACAAGCCCAUCAGAAAGCUCGUUUUGGAGAACCACCGGUCCAUUCUACAAUACCCCCGAGUCAUUACCUCCAAGUACGAAUUUUGUCCGUUGACCCUUCCAUUUCCCGACUGGUUCGUCGCGCCAAAGUCCGACCCUGAGAACGGUCGUGACUACUACUACCUUCCCCCCAGACCGGUUUGUCAAUUCUACAAGACCUGGUGGAACGUCAAAAUGUACGACGGCUGCUAUUUCGUCUUGUCGGAUAUUCUGGCUUUCGAAUACAUGUCAUUCUGGAAACACUGGUCCACUGUUUAUCCUUCCAUGAAGGGGAUCUAUGAAGAGAUCGAACAUGUCGGCCGUCAUGAAUUGGGACAGUUGAUGAUGAUUGGUCUCUAUCUCGGAGUUGUUAAACGCGAUGCCCCGGAGCGUGUUGAAAGGUACUUGGCCAGCUUGGUCGACGUCAAACCUCCACGCAAGGACGAAGAGGAGGAGGAGGAUAUGAGAUUCGAGGCAAACAAACAAAUCGAUCCCGAACGCACUUAUAUCCAACCUAUUUAUAUGUUGCAGCGAGCUUUAGAACACGCCAUCCAUAAGAAUGUCCUCGAGGAGCUCUGCGACAGUUUCCCGGGCACGAAGUUGGAGAUGCUCCACCCUGUCCAGUUGUUGCAGCUUUUGAUUGUUAAAAUUCCCCAUUGGAAUUUUCGUCAGGAGGAUGAAGUUGAGGCGUUGAAGAGAAUCUUUAUCAUGAGUCCAAAGAGUCAGGAGGAGAUUGACCGACUUAGAGAAGACUGGGAGGAAAUGAGAGAGGUUGUCGACGGAGUUAUGAAGGCUAAGAUCCUGAAGUCCCGGUACUUUUAA